UAGAAAUGGGAUGCAUGCAGUCCCGUAUGCAUAACAAUCACCAACUGAUAUUGAGAGCACGGGGACCCGAUUGGGUGUUGUGUGAGGGGUCUUUCCUUCUCUUCUCGACUUCAAAUGUGAGAAAUGAUAUGAUGCGUGAAGUUCCCUACUUGAACAGGGACAGACAUCCACCCACCUCUAUGUCCUCGCGAUGACUACCCUUAUUUCUUCGGCUAGGCCACCAAGUUCCAGAAGGUCAAGACAAAAUGGCUAGCAACAAGGAAGACUCUCCCGCGUCGCCGCGAGCUCCCGGUUCGGCGACACCAGCAGCGGUGACCUUACCCGGGCGCGCGACGUCCUCCCCACAGUCUCCAGCAAAGCCGACGGGGACGAUCGAGGCCAAAGACGACGACGAUGAUUCCGCCCUCGGACACCAAAGCCUCCUGUCCACGGAGUCAGUCGCACCAAGCAUCCUCUCGUACCGGAAGCUGCACGGGCGCACCUACGCCAACGUCAAGAACACGGAAUACUGGGGUCCCAACGACGCGCGCAUGAACGAGGGUCUAGACCUGAUCCACAACUCUCUGACGAUGCUCCUGCACGACAAGCUCUUCCUCGCGCCCAUCGACAAGGCCAACCCGGGCCGCGUGCUGGACGUGGGCACCGGCACCGGCAUCAGGGCCAUGGACUUUGCCGACGAGUUCCCGGCCGCCGACGUCGUCGGCACCGACCUCAGCCCCAUCCAGCCCACCUGGGUGCCGUCGAACCUGCAGUUUGUGAUUGAUGAUUGUUUGCUGGACUGGACGUGGCCAGAGAACCACUUCGAUUUCAUCCAUAUGCGCGGCCUGUACGGCUGCGUGCCUGACUGGACGGCUCUGCAUAGGAAGGUGCUCAAGCACCUCAAGCCCGGGGGCUGGUUUGAGCAGGUCGAGACGGGCUGUCAGGGCUACUCGGAUGUCGUGGAGCUGCCGGCGGACCACGUGUUUAACCGGUGGGCGCAGGCGUUCUAUGCCGGGGGGGAGAAGAUGGGGCGACCGUUUACGAUCUGUUGCGACGAUAAUAUCAAGAGGCACAUGGAGGAGGCGGGGUUUGCGGAUAUCACUCAGACUAGAUUUAAACUGCCGGUCAACAUGUGGGCUAAGGAGGAGAGACUGAAGCAGGCUGGCGGAUUCGCACAGCUUGCGCUGGAGCAGGAUAUGGAGGGCUUAGCUAUGUACUUGCUGACGCAGGUGCUGGACUGGACGCCGGAGGUGCUUGUGCUGGCCGGGAAUAUGCGGAAGGAAAUCAGGAGGAAGUCGAUCCAGCCGUAUACCAUCGUGACGGUCGUAAAUGGACGGAAGCCCCUAGAGGCUUGAGAGAUGGCGUUUUACAUUUGGGUUUAUAUCGU